AUGGUAGAACCAGUUCAAAGCAGCUCCGGUAAGGGAGGAUGGGAACAACAGGCAUUUCCCCUCAUCGCCAAGGCCUUUGCAUCCGACUGUCAAUUGGAAGGAGUGAAGGUGCGUCAAGGGGUCUUCGACGCUAGUGUAAAACGGUAUGCGCAACGGCUGCACCUCCCUGUUCGGUCUGGACUUCUUGAUGCGCUCGGUAAAGGGUCUAGGUCGAAGUUUCCCCCAGUCAGGCUCCUGGGACCGGGUUCAGUCGUCUUCCAUCUUCUGGACUCUCUGGAAGAGCAGACGGAUAGCAGGGUCUCGGCUUGGGAUCUCCUCUGA